GGCCCACAUUGAAGCUAACAGAAGAAGAAGAAGCAACAGUCCUCCUCAUCUCGUCUUCCGGUGAAGGUUCAGUCUUUUCGGAGAAGAUGGCGGACACAGAAGCAUCCGUAAAGAAGAAGAAGAAGUCGAAGAGAAUCAGCGAAGGAGUAGUCGGGGAGAUCCAACAGAGCGGAGACUUCUUCAUCAAGCCAGAGUCGACGGCGGCUUCUCUAGAGACGUCACAGUGGCCCCUGCUGUUAAAGAACUUCCAUAAGUUGAACAUUCGAACGGCCCAUUACACACCGAUACCAUGCGGGAGCAACCCCCUGAAGAGGGACAUCACCAACUACGUCAAGUCCGGCUUCAUUAACCUGGACAAACCGGCCAACCCGUCGUCUCAUGAGGUGGUGGCGUGGAUCCGAAGGAUUCUACGGGUGGAGAAGACGGGUCACAGUGGGACGUUGGACCCCAAGGUCACCGGCUGUCUGAUCGUCUGCAUAGACCGCGCCACACGGCUGGUCAAGUCCCAGCAGAGCGCUGGUAAAGAGUACGUGGGAAUCGUUCGGCUGCACAACGCCAUCGAGAAUGAGCACACUCUGGCCCGGGCCAUGGAGACGCUGACCGGAGCGCUGUUCCAGCGGCCGCCGCUGAUCGCUGCCGUCAAACGCCAGCUGAGGGUCCGGACCAUCUAUGAGAGCAAGCUGAUAGAAUAUGAUCCAGAGAGGAGGCUUGGCAUCUUCUGGGUCAGCUGUGAGGCUGGGACCUACAUCCGGACCCUGUGUGUCCACCUGGGCCUGCUGCUAGGUGUGGGAGGUCAGAUGCAGGAGCUCCGCAGAGUUCGCUCCGGAGUCCUGGGAGAGAAGGACAACAUGGUGACAAUGCACGAUGUUCUAGAUGCCCAGUGGCAGUUUGAUCACAAUAAAGAUGAGACGUAUCUGAGGAGAGUCAUCUUCCCCCUAGAAAAGCUGCUGGUGUCGUACAAGCGGCUAGUGAUGAAGGACAGCGCGGUGAACGCCAUCUGCUACGGCGCAAAGAUCAUGCUUCCUGGGGUCCUCCGCUACGAAGACGGCAUUGAGGUCAACCAGGACAUCGUCGUCAUAACGACCAAGGGCGAGGCCAUCUGCACAGCCGUAGCUCUGAUGACGACCGCUGUCAUUUCUACAUGCGAUCACGGCGUCGUUGCAAAGAUCAAGAGGGUCAUCAUGGAGAGGGACACGUAUCCUCGCAAGUGGGGCCUGGGUCCUAAGGCGAGCCAGAAGAAGAUGAUGAUCCAGAAGGGGCUCCUGGACAAGCAUGGGAAACCCAACGGCAGCACGCCACAGGACUGGAAGGAGCAGUACGUGGACUACAGCGUUUCUGGAGCCGCAGCCUCAGGCGACGCUUCAGCGAAGAGGAAGAGGGAGGCAGCGGAGAGUGACGGAGAAACGGCCCAGCCCAGCACGCCGUCUGCAGACGAAAUCAAGAAGGAGAAGAAGAAGAAAAAAAAGGAGAAGAAAGCCAAACUGGAGGAGGCGGAGGCGGAAAAAACGGAGGAGGAGCCGGACACGCCGGUGGUUGAAAAGCCCAAGAAGAAGAAAAAGAAACAGAAGGAGGGCGACCCGUCAGAGUGACCCCCGCCUCAUCCGCUGAGCGUCAGCACACGGUGCUAACGGACUGAAACUUAUGUCCAGGACGGACCGCCGGCUUCAACAUUUGA